GCAAAGGCGCCGCGACGCUUAGUGACAGCGGCCCCGCCGGAGCGGGAGCCCGGGAGGGAGCUGCCGCGCGCGCCCACUCGAAACGCGCGCGGGACCCCGGCAUCGGGCGCACGGCCCACCCCACCCCCGCAGCCCGUGGGCCGCCCCCGCGCGCAGAGAGGCCGGGCCCCGACGGCGGCUGGAAGGGGCCAGCGCGCCCCGGAUGGGCUUCGUGGAGCCGGGCUGCCGAGCCAUGCUGACGGGCACCGAGCCGGGGCCGGCGAGCGCCGAGGGCCGCGCGCCCGGGGCCGCCGACCCGCACGGCCGCUACUUCUACCCCGAGCCGCUGCCCCCGCCGCCGCCGCCGCCGCCGCCGCCCGGCGCGCAGGACGACCGCCGCGCGCCCUACGCCGGGGGCGCCCUGGUGCCCGCGCCCCCCGGCCGCUUCCUGGGCGCCUACGCCUACCAGCCGCGGCCCCAGGCGCCCGGCUUCCCCGGCGCCGCCGGCGAACCCUUCCCGCAGACGGCGGGCGCCGACGGCUACGGCGCCGCGGCAGACGCCUAUGCGGCCCCCGACCCGCGCGCCGGCCUCUACCCCGGCCCGCGCGACGACUACUCGGUGCCCGCCGGCCUGGAGGUGUCCGGGAAGCUGAGGGUCGCGCUCAACAACCACCUGUUGUGGUCCAAGUUCAACCAGCACCAGACGGAGAUGAUCAUCACCAAACAGGGCCGGCGGAUGUUCCCAUUCCUGUCAUUUACUGUGGCUGGCCUGGAGCCCACUAGCCACUACCGGAUGUUCGUGGACGUGGUCUUGGUGGACCAGCAUCACUGGCGGUAUCAGAGUGGCAAGUGGGUGCAGUGUGGAAAGGCAGAGGGCAGCAUGCCAGGAAACCGCCUGUAUGUGCACCCCGACUCCCCCAACACGGGCGCCCACUGGAUGCAGCAGGAAGUGUCCUUCGGGAAGCUGAAGCUCACCAACAAUAAGGGCGCCUCCAAUAACGUGACUCAGAUGAUCGUGCUACAGUCCCUGCACAAGUACCAGCCACGGCUGCACAUCGUGGAGGUGAGCGAGGACGAGCCCGAGGCCGCGGCCAGCACCCACAUCUUCACCUUCCAGGAGACCCAGUUCAUCGCCGUGACCGCCUACCAGAACGCUGAGAUCACGCAGCUGAAAAUCGAUAACAACCCUUUUGCCAAAGGCUUCCGGGAGAACUUUGAGUCCAUGUAUGCGUCUGUGGACACCAGCGUCCCCUCCCCUCCUGGGCCCAACUGCCAGUUCCUCGGGGGCGACCACUACUCCCCUCUGCUUCCCAACCAGUAUCCUGUCCCGAGCCGUUUCUACCCCGACCUUCCCGGCCAGGCCAAGGACGUGGUACCCCAGCCAUACUGGCUGGGCAGCCCCCGGGACCACAGCUACGAGGCCGACUUCCGAGCGGUCAGCAUGAGGCCGGCGCUUCUGCCCUCGGCCCCCGGGCCCACCACGUCCUAUUACCGAGGCCAGGAAGUGCUGGCCCCUGCAGCCGGCUGGCCCGUAGCCCCCCAGUAUCCCCCGAAGAUGGGCCCGGCCAGCUGGUUCCGCCCCAUGCGGACACUGCCCAUGGAACCCGGAGCUUGUGACGGGCGGGGCCCCGAGGACCAGGGCUCCCCGGCGCUGUGGACUGACAUCACCCCACUUCGGCCCGAGUCCAGCGACUCAGGACUGGGCGAAGGAGACUGUAAGAGGAGACGCGUGUCCCCCUACCCCUCCAGCGGGGACAGCGCCUCCCCAGUGACGGCCCCCUCUCCCUUUGACAAGGAACCUGAAGGCCAGUUUUAUAACUAUUUUCCCAACUGAGCAGAGGCUCUGGGGGAAGAAACGGAACCCACGUUCUUAGCUUGGAGAGGCCGGGCUCAGGCCUCAGGCCCCCGGCUCUCCCCGCCCCUGCUCCCUCCGUUUGUCGUCAGGGAAGAGGCACAGCCGGCACGAUUUGGGGGUUCACUUGCUGCUUCCUGGCCCCCAUUGAAGUCUGCCCUGGCCUGUCCCCCACCCCUUCCUCUGCCCUAACUGGUCACUUACCUGGUGCUGCUUCUGCGGUGGGGGUCCUGGCUGGAGGAGAGAAAAUGGGGGUGGGGUGGUCACGACACAGGUGCCGCCCCCCUCCUGGGGGAGCAGAGUAGAGGUCAGGUGGGGAAGGCGGGUCCCCGGGGACUUUGUCUCUUCCUCUGUAGGGUAAACUUUCAGCAGUUUCGUUUGUCAGUGUUUCUCCCUGAUCUAAAAAUAGAGAGACACAGAUUUUCAAAGUCAGCCAGUGGGGGGCAGGGAGAGGACUGGGGGACUGUGGGCAGCUGGCCCCGGCCCUACCUGCCCGAUCCCUCCGGGGCAGUUGGGGUUCAGGCGGGAGGGGGCAGGCCGCGCGGGAAGGAGCGGGGUCUUCGGGAGGUGGCGUGUGCACGCUCUUGUCCGGGCACUAUUUAUUGUGCGGAGAGUGGUGUCGGGCUGUACUACUCUUGUCUUCAUCACUUUCUGAAAAUAAAUGUG